AUGGGGAAUCAGACAAUUCUGAAUGAAUUAUUUCUCUCUGGACUGUCCGAUAUUCCGGCUCUUCAGCUUCCUCUCUUCCUCUUCUUCCUUCUCAUCUACCUUCUGACAAUAACAUGGAAUUUGCUGAUUAUCUUCCUCGUAGUCAUCAACUCUCACCUCCAUACCCCUAUGUAUUUUUUCCUUGGGAAUCUGGCUGCUUUGGACCUCUGCUGUUCCUCAGUCACCGUCCCACGAAUGUUAUUUGACCUUCUCACCCAGAGAAGAAAGAUUACCGUAACUUCUUGUAUGACCCAGUGUUUCUUCUUUUUGUCCUUUGCCUCUUCUGAACCCAUUCUUUUUUCUGUCAUGUCAUAUGAUCGAUAUACUGCCGUAUGUCAACCAUUGCAUUAUAUGCUGAUCAUGAAUUGGAAAGUGUGUAUACAGUUAGCAUCCAUUGUGUGGUGUCUCGGUUUUACGAAUGCUUCAAUUCACACACUUGGUGCUUUAAAUUUAACAUUCUGUGAAUCAGAUAUUGUAGAAAGUUUCUUCUGUGACCUUCCUCAGCUGUUACAGAUCUCCUGCAGUGACAUCUUCAUCAACAUUCUGCUCAUCUUUAUCAUGGGUGUCUUUAUUGUAGCUGGUUCUCUAACACUGACCAUCCUCCCCUAUGUCUCUAUAUUCAAAACUGUCCUGAAAAUACAAUUUAAAGGUAAAAGGAGUAAAGUUUUCUCUACGUGUUCCUCUCACCUGAUGGUGGUCUUCAUAUUUUAUUGCUCCAUUAUGUUUAAUUAUUUUCGCCCAAACACUAAUAAUCAUUUUUUCGCUGACAAAGUGGUGUCUGUCUUCUACACCGUGAUUGUUCCGCUCCUCAACCCUCUGAUAUACAGUCUGAGGAACCAGGAUUUCAGAAAAGCAUUUCAAAGUGUUUUCUUUAACAAGAUAUUCCCCCCUAAAUACAGAAAUCAUCUUAGAUAA